CAACGGUCCAGGAGGAGCAACCUUGGUUGUCCUAAAGAUGCAGAGUCAGAAGAUUUAGAGUAGGUCCGGCGCUCCCCUCUCGGAAGAUCUCGCCCGAGCGGGAGGGGCGGCGCCUUGUAGGGUUGCGUCGUCUUAAGUGAUGCGAGUGAUCGUCGUAGCUCCGUAGCUUCAUGAAGAGCACGUUUGCCUGUUUUUUUUUGUGUGUGUUCUCUUUUUGAAGUGAGAGCGACCUGGCGCCAGCAAGCUGACCACUCGGCAUGCAUUGCGAAAGAAAGCGAGUGGGAGGAGAGAUCCGGGGGACGGACCGGCCAAGGCAGGGCCUCGAUGCAAAGAAGGGACUUCCCCGGGCGCUUCCGCGCUUUUGUCUGCUAGCGCAUGUAGUAGAAUCGCCUUUCCAGAGCUCAUUUGCUCUACCCUCCUUUCCCACGUGUACGGAGGUUCCGAAGAGUCGCGUCCACGGUGACCAUUGGCUAUACCUGCUUCUCGUCCGUUUCUUUACUGUUUUCUUUCCUUCAACGAUGUCGCUCUGUUCUCAGGAUGAUAUUCAGGUAUAAAAGCACCGAGCGUCCGUUGGCUGGGCCCAAGCUUCUCUGGUCUUCGUGGUCAUCGCCUCGGCGUCGCAAUCACUUCUAAGAGCACCGCCAUGAACGCAGUUCUCACCACCGUUCUCCUCGGCUUGGUCUCUGCCGCCUCCGCCGGCUUCAUCGGUGGUUACGGCGGCGGCUACGGCGCAGGACUCGGCGCCGGCUACGGCGCUGGCUACGGAGCCGGUUAUGGCGCAGGCUCAGGCUCUGGCUACGGGGCCGGUUAUGGCGCCGGUUCAGGUUCCGGCUACGGCGCCGGUUACGGUGCAGGCUCCGGCGCUGGCUAUGGCUCAGCCGUCGCUGCCGCUCCUGCCGCAGUCGUGAGACCUGCCGCCGUUGCAGCCGUACCAGCUCGCACCACAACCUCUUAUGGCACCACCACUACCACUGUGACCACCUUGCAUGGAGCGGGAGCUGGUGGUCUCGGUGGCGCUGGUGUCGGUUAUGGUGCCGGCAGCCUCGGCUAUGGAGCUGGUGUCAGCCUCGGAGGAGCUGUUCUUGGGUCCGGUGCUGGCUAUGGCGUCGGCGUUGCCCCCGUCCCGGCUGUCGCCGUCGCUCGCCCUGCCGUCGCUGUGGCUGCUUCCCCCGCUGUCACUGUGGCUGCUUCUCCAGCCGUUGCUGUGGCUCGUCCCGUUGCUGUCGCCGCACCGGCUGUGUCUGUGGCUCGCCCCAUCGCUGUCGCCGCACCGGCCGUGUCUGUGGCUCGCCCCAUCGCUGUCGCCGCACCGGCUGUGUCUGUGGCUCGCCCCAUCGCUGUCGCCGCACCGGCUCUGGCUGUGGCUCGCCCCGUGGCUCUGGCUCGUCCCGUCGCCAUUGCUACUCCAGCUGUGGCCACCGUUGCCGUGGCUCCGGCCGUAGCUGUCGGGGGUGGUCUCGGUGGUGGUUACGGGGGUGUCGGAGCUCUCGCUAGCGGCUACGGUGUCGGCUACGGUGUUGGCUACGGUAACGGAUAUGGUGCUGGUUAUGGUCGUGGCUAUGGCGCCAACUACGGUGCUGGCUACGGUCAUGGUUACGGGGCUGGCAUCGCCAAGCUCGGCGUUACUUACGGCCACGGAGCCAAGUGGUAAACACAUAUGGAACGUUUUUUACAUCUUAGACCAUCACCAAAUCUGGAUUCACGUUGACUGUAGUGGCCAUUUCUAAUUUAUUUUUGUGUGCGUCAUCAGGAAGGUGUUAACGUCAGAAUAAUACCACAAGGCUCACAUCUUGUGACAUGGACACGUCCAAAUAUGGCACUAUUAUAAAAAAAAGCUUUAAUAAAAACACGCGUUUACUUCGCUGUGAGCGUUGUUAAUAAAUAAAGAAAAGUAGUUAUUACGCAUCAUUGCUUGCUUAUAUAUUGACACACUCUGCUGGUUACGGCAAGUAAGUAGCCAUGGCCAGAAAAGGCGAGUGUCCUUGUUUUGUUAAGACGAAGAGUUUUGAGAGUUCUGUGACAACAUAAGCCUGGUAUAUCAAGGUACAGCGCGAUGCUGUGUUUACGCUUAUUUACUGAACAUGAUGGAAAAUUAGAAUCGUAAGAAGAUGAGCCAUGAAGAUAUACGAAAGACAAGGUUACUCUGAACAGAGUUUAGUGAAGGAUGAGGGCUGCUUAUCUGUUAUGUGUGAAGAAACGCAGAUAAAGACCAGCUGGGGCCGCUAGAAGAAAUAAAGACGAGAGUAAUUUAUUUCAGCGAACUUUAUUUCAGCGCGGUUGCCUUUGAGGCUUUUACCAUAGACCAUGUUUUUCUUUUGAUGUUUUCCAUUUUAGCAGUUUUGCAAUCUCUAUAUUUGUUUCCCCUUUAAGCUUUGUCUGACUUCACGUGUGCUUCGGCUAAUCGCAUUUUAUAUGCAACCAUAUCGAGAACCUUUAUCCUGCCGCUUAUUUAUAGGACAUUGCGUCAGGAUUUGUAUGUUUGGGUUUGUCUUACGUGGUUCGUAUCAUACAGAAACGUGUUUUGAGCUUACCUUUUGUGAUAAAUAUCUUUAUAUAUUGUCAGAAGUGAGAACGGUGCUUAUGAAAGCCGGUGUUCCCGAAUAAAAUUGCAGUUGGCAGGUCA